CGCUGCACCUGUCGCCGCGGGCUCCGCCUGGCAAAACUAGCAGCCAUGCAGUCCCUCGCAGCUCGGAGCACGCCGGUGCUGGGCAGCAGGCAGUGCAGUGUUCGCAGCAGCCAACGAGGCCUCAAGGUGGUGGCCAUGGCCAAGAAGGGCAUCCACCCCAAGUGGCACAACGAGGCCAAGGUCAUGUGCAAUGGCGAGGAGGUGCUGACCACCAGCGGCACCCAGGGCAGCUACACCGUGGACAUCUGGAGCGGCAACCAUCCUUUCUUCCAGGGCGCCACCUCCACCGUGGUCACCGAUGAGGGCCGCGUGAACCGGUUCAAGCGGCGGUUUGCUGGCCUGGACAGCUUGGCUGCGAUCGAGACCAUCAGCGGCCAGAAGGCCGCGGCGGUUGCUGCCGCUGCUGCCGCCAAGAAGUGAGCAGGCAGAGCGGCCUCCUCCCUGCCCGCCAGCGCGCGGCAGGCGAGGCCCAGCCGCACAGCAGCUGCGCGCCCCGCCGGGGCGCAGCGCCUGAUUUUGCCGCAUUUCGUUUACAGUGGUUAGCAACGGAUGUAAGUUCAGCAGUUGCGAGCA